UGCCUAAGAAGCCCCAGUUAAUUGGCUAGCAUAACCGCGAGUUAUCUCCGAACCAUAAGUCUAGAACCCUCAAGUUUCAAACGUCAUCGCGACUACCAGUCCAAGGAGCUUCAAUGCAAUUCAGCGUCCCUGACAUCAAAAUGAAUUUGCGAUGACAACUGUGCCAUCGUCGCCGAAGAGGCGCCAUAUACUAUCCUCCAUCAACCCAGAGAAGCGUCCGAUUUCUCCAGAGAUAGAAGAAAGCCACCAACUUCACGGAGCCCCACAGCGGGAACCCCGCGACAGCAAUGAAGAACAAAGCGCGGACACUACGUUAGAGGGGACAGCGAGAAAGACGACCAAGUUCCGCUUCAAAUCCAAACGCUCGCGCUCGCAUCGGUCCUCUCGCCAUGAUGACCCUGACCGCGAUCGCGCCCGUAGCCCAGAUGCAGAGUGCGAGGAUAACCAGGAUGGCGACCCUACUUCAUCCCGACGCCAUCGCAAACACAGACAUCAUCGGCACCACCGCCACAAGCGGCGACGCACUCGGUCGCGCUCACCCACGCCUCCAAACCCACACGAACCACCACCCCUAAACGCCGAGGCCGCAUUUCGCGAGUCUCUCUUCGACGCCAUGGCCGACGACGAGGGCGCCGCGUACUGGGAGGGUGUGUACGGCCAGCCUAUCCACACGUAUAGCCAAGAGCGGCCCGGGCCAGAAGGCGAGCUCGAGCGGAUGGAUGACGACGAAUACGCGGCAUACGUUCGGCAGAGGAUGUGGGAGAAGACGCACCAAGGUCUGCUUGAAGAGCGGGCACGGCGAGAGGAGCGGCGGAAGCAAAAAGAGCGGAACGCUAAGGAGACGGCACGACUAACGAGAGAAAUGGAGGCGAGUCUGCGCAGGGGAGAGGAACGGAGGGCGAAGAGGGUGUGGAAGGAGCGCUGGGAUACCUAUAUCAAGGCUUGGGACGCGUGGGAUGGCACGUUGGAGGGCAUGGCUUGGCCGGUGCAGAGCGGGCGGCGCGAGGUUAUAGAUGGUGGUGCCGUUAGAGAAUUUCUUGUCAUGGGUAUUGACCCUGUUGAAGUCGGCGAGGUAGAAUUCUUGGCCAAGUUGAAGGACGAGCGCGUCAGGUGGCAUCCUGAUAAAAUCCAACAGAGACUUGGUGGACGGGUCGACGAGGCCGUACUGCGAGAUGUCACGGCUGUAUUUCAGAUUGUAGACAAGUUAUGGACUGAUACCCGCUCUAAGCAAAAGGCUAGGGCACAAUGAAGCGUUUGAUUUCGGUUGCAUAUUUGAUUAUUGAACUAGUUAGAGCUUUUACGUUUGAAACCGCGAUAGGACACUUGUUAUAUACCACUAUUGCUACUCGAUACGGAAUUUACAAUUAUCAUAUAGGCAUGUACAGAUCGUGAAGAUGCCAUGAGGACUUUCUCUCGGAAAUGGCUAGGCGAGUCCCAGAUGUUAUGAAUAGAUGUCGAGUAUGGAGUCAACUGCACUUUGAUUGUGAUAUAGCAGCAAAGUACACAAUACCAGCAACACCAAGUCUAUCUAUUUAUUUAACUCAUGUUGUACUGUGAUAAGAUCUAUAAUGGCAAUAGUCUCUUUUAGCUACUACUCCAGCUAUCAUUGACCCGAUCCUAGUUCUAUCGCCCUCUUUGCGAUGUUGAGAGACACUUUAAGAUAGUCAAGGCCAAGGCUGAACUG